CCUCGGGCUCUUCCUUGUUCGACGUCAAGCCGGCAGCUCCACCCUCCUCCACCCUGCUCAUCGUCACGUCUUAACGUCAUCCCGAACAUAUGCAGUACGCUACCAAACUAACCUCUCUAACGAUAAAACCGUAGUACUUCGCAAGUAAUUCAAGAUGGGCGUGCAGCAUGAUCAACCUAACCCUUCCCACUACACAGCCAAGAGCGAUGUCCACAAUGAUACCUCCGCUGUCCCUUCCCAGUUCGACAGCAAAGACGUUCCUCGGGAAGCUGGUCACAGUGGAUACACAGCUGAGAAGUCUCAUGAUUUGAAGAAGGCCCAGAAUGCCCUUCAUGAAGGACUCCAACCGGCCGAGGACUCGAGGAACAAUUUGAGCAGUUCUGAGAGCGGUCCUCGGAACGCGAGCACUUGAGGACAGAUCAGUCUAGCAAUAAUAAGGAGAAGUGGUAGUGAUGUUCAAACUGUUAAAAUCAAUCUGGCGAAGAUCACUAAGUUGAAGCACCAUCAUGAGUCAUCAAGAUUCAUCAGUAGUCAUCAUAAUGUAUUGCUGCAUCGAUCUCAAUGACUUUGGUUGAUAGUUUUAAGGGGCAGCCCGUAGCCCGCGACACCAAAGUUCCAAAAUGUAGUC